AUGCGGAAGCUGCUCGGUGGCAGGACGGCGGCCGACACGUCGACCGACAUUUCCAGUGCGAGCCCGACCACACCGGUUCCCGUGGCCUACCGUCCCUCCAAGUCGCAGAAUGCCGUGUACGCCGCCGGUGUUCCCAUAUCUUGCUUCGAUGUCGCCUCGGACAAGCGCGCGGCCGUGCUGGGUGGUCCGCACAUCCUGAAGACCAUGGUCCUCGACGGCGCCGGCUACGCGUCCUUCAGCUUCACAGAAGGGCUCGACGUGCGGGCCGCCAUCCUGACGAGGCAGUCGACCAACCCGAGGGCGAGCGUCGUCGCCGACCAGCUCAACAUCCGCGACGUCAAGUGGCACGGCAGCUCGACCAUCUUCACCGCCUGCGCGAGCGGCAAGAUAUUCGCCUACGAUCUGGCCCGCAUAGGUGCCGGCGCCGGCUCGGAGCCGCUCGAGUGCAUACAGAUCCAGGAGGACUCCCGUCAGGUCAACACGCUCGACGUGAACCCCCAUCUCAAGAGCUGGGUCCUCUCCGGCAGCCAGGACGGCACCGCCCGCAUCUUCGACGCCUCGGCCCCCCUGCAGAACCGAUCGGGCGUCCUGACGUUUCGCCAGCGGUUCGCGCCUCUGCGGUGCAUCGACUCCGUCCGCCAAGUCAAGUGGUCGCCCAGGGUUGGGCACGAGAUGGCUUGCUGCACCGAGAGCGGCGUGGUGCUCAAGUGGGACGUCCGACAGCCGGUGAAACCUCUGCUGCGCAUCAACGCGCACGAAAAGGCCUGCGCCGCAAUCGCCUGGCACCCCGACGGCGCGCACCUCAUGAGCGCCGGCUGGGACACCAAGCUUCACGUCUGGGACCUGGGAAGCAGCGCCGACAAGCGGCAGAAGCCGAAAUGGACCAUCUCGACGCCCGCCCCCGUGUCCGCCAUCGCCUGGCGGCCCGGCCUCUGGUCGGCGACGACGCAGUCACGACGCCUCGCCGAGGUGGCCGUGACGUACGACGAGACGAGCAACAGACGGUACGGCACCUCGGCCGUGCACAUCUGGGACCUCGCCCGCCCGACCAUGCCCUACAAGGAGAUCCAGCGCUUCGACAGCUCCCCGACGGCACUGGCAUGGCAGGAUCAGGACGUGCUCUGGACCGUCGGCCAGGACGGGCUCUUCAACCAGUGCGACGUCGCCUUUGCCCCCAAGGUCAUCGAUCGACAGUCGACCUCGGCCAUGGCCUUCUCCCCACGAGGUGACGUCGUCAUGUUCCUCGACGAACGACCGCAGUCUCAGCGACCGCGGCCCUCGAGCACGCACGAGCCUGAGGUUCACCGGCAGACCUACACGUCGAUUCCCAACACGCCGGCCUUUGGUGUCAGUCGAAGCGAAUCGGAGGAGGAGGUCAUCGGCACCUUUCUCGGCCCUCGUCGGAGACGGGCCCAUCGGAGGAGGCUCAGCGGCAGGGAUGGCGGUGGCCGCAUGAGCACGACGCCCCCCUCCGGCGGCUCCUCGUUCCCCGACAACCCGAAGCAGGUGUUGAACCUGGAGCAGUCGAUCAACGUUACCGGCAUCUUCAAGACGCAGCAGACCAUGGCCUCUGGCCCCAUCCCCUCGGCCAAAUCCGUGCACGUCUACCAAUACCUCUCAAGUGAGUAUCUCGAGACGCUAGCGAAGAAUCUCCCAGAGGUUCAAGACGGUGCCACUCUGGUCGACCGGGUCGGCUCCAUCAUGGAGCGGUUCGCGAAGGCGGCCGAAAACGCCAACCAGUACAGGCUGGCCCAGACCUGGAGGAUCCUCGCCUACGUCAUGCGCCUUCUUCUCGAACGUAGGGCCCAGUAUCAUCUCGAUCUGCGUGUCAACCGGUUCCAGAAGCUUCCCGGCGAGGAUCUCAAGGGCAGCGCUCGCCUGAAGCCCCCGGAUUCCAAUGACGGAAACGGCGAGGAGACGCCUCGGCGGCCAUCGACGCAGAGGGGGAGCAUCGACAGCCGAUUUCUCUCGCGAUCACUGCUUACCGAGGAGAUCGAGAGCACCUCCAACGCGGCCACUCCGUUGGCACGGCCUACGGACCCGGACGUUGUCGACGACCAUACCUAUCAGUAUGGCAAAAAGCUCGCCCCGAUCGUCGAGCCGGAGAGCCUCCGGCUGGGUCCCGCCGUGCACGACUCGUUUCGAGAGAGCACCAGUCCCGAGGUCGGCGAGGGCGUCGCGACAUCCACAUCGAUGCCUGGCCACGAAGAGUCCAGCACCGAAGGCUACGACUUUUACGAUAUCGCUGCGCCAGUACAGGCCAUUGACGUUCCCGCCCCGAAGAAUGACGCCAAGGGACCCAGGUAUGAGGCACACGCCGCCGGCCAGGACUCGGUAGAAACGUUGAGCCAGAUGUUUUCCAUAUCGGACGGGACGAAGCGUUCCAUCGCCAGGAGCAGCUCGAGCGGCGAUGUGUUUGCGAAGCCUCACCUCGUGCGACAGGCGUCCGGGACAGAAAAGUCGAGCGUUACGUCGAGCGUGGAACUCGGCGGCCCCGACGAUGUGUCGCCGACGGCGUCUAGGACGGGCACAGAGAAGCGGACCGAGUCCCCGGAUGAGGUCUUUUUGAUUUCGCAGACGACCUUGGGCACGGAUGAGUCGUUUCCGUCCCAGACAACCUACUCCGGCUCGUACGGCCAGAAGUCUCCAGGAGAUCCCUCUGAGCGACGCAGCUCCAUGGCCAACGUCGAAGUCGAGAGUGCGCCGAGCCCGUCGGAGCCAAGUUCGUCUCCAAAGCACGACACGCGGCGGUACGUUAUUGAAAGUGACUAUCUGCCAUGGGAAGACGACCCUCCAUAUCCAUACACAUCCCCCUACCCAGCAGCAAGCGCCGACGGUGCCCACUCGGCCGGACCUCCGUCACCUCUGGACCCGUACAGGCUGCUCACGAGCGCACUCGCCUUCGAGAGCAAAUCGUCGGCCCUCAACGCCUCUGCCAUGAUCCUCCUCUUGAGGCCGCUCGUGCCCGAAUCCGUCAUUGACGGAUACCAGGCGCGUGCGAUCCUGCGCCAGCACCACGCGUGCCUCAUGCGCAUGUCGCUCUUCGUCGAGGCCGCUCUCCUCCGCAACCUCUGCGUCAAGGGCUGGCCCGCCGGCCUACCCGACUGGGGCGACAACUACACAGUCGUCUUCGCGGUUGCGCAGCAGGGCGUCAAGGUCGGCUUCUUCUGCUCCGCCUGCCGGAAGCCCCGGGAGGUCGACCCCUCGGCUGGCGCGAACGCCGUCUGGACGUGCGAGCGCUGCCGCAGCGUCAUGGCCCCUUGUGCCGUCUGCGGCCACCGCAAUCCGGAACGGGCCGACGGGAUCCCGUUGGAGGUUUCGGAAGGCUCGGCAGCCGUUGCGUCCCUCUCGAAGUGGUGGUACUGCCCCGGCUGCGCACACGGCGGCCACGCCUCCUGUCUGCAGACAUGGCACGCCCCCGUGACCGGCUCUGCACCCGCGGACGCCUCCUCCAAGUACAGCGACGGAUGCUGCCCCCUCGACGGCUGCGGUCACGCCUGUCUGCCGGGAAAGUACCGUGGCGAGACGACGACGCAACGGUCGGACGAGACGGCCCGCGCGGCGGCGGCGGCGGCGGAGUCGGCCCGCAUGGCCGCCGAGCUGCAUCACCAGCGCAGCACAAGCGGCAACGGUAGCAGGAAGACGAGCCCGCACCAGUCGUCGGCUCUCUCGGAGCGCGGCAACCUCGCGGUCGUGAGCGACGGUCAUGAUGUCCCGCCGAGCCAUGCCGUCAGCGCGGCGCGCGAAACACUCAACGCAGGGGGGGGCGGUGGGAUCCUGAGCUCGAGUCCCAGCCGGCAGCCGGGUGCCGGAGCCAUGUCGGGGGAUCGGGAGCGCAGGAAGAGCGUCAAGUUUGCGCGGACGGGACGGUGA